AUGUCUCUGAGUGUUUAUGAGGAUCUGAUCUACUUUGAGGAGCUGAACAGAGCAGAUCGAGACGAGAUAACGGUGGUUAUAUAUGAGAGUUCAGAUGCUGUUAGAGGCCUCGACCCCGACACUGAGGUGGAGGACGCCAACAUGAUGAGGAUCCUGAAGACAGAAAAAGCAGCGCUUUAUCAAGAACCCAAAGAUGCUUACAGCACAGGCAUAGCAGUGAAAAUGCAGGUUGUAACGACGAAGUAUGUGCCCAAGGGGAAGGAUAUAAACAAUGAAGAGGAGAGGUCCAAGGACAGAUCCUUGAGGGACACCUUGAGAGACCACAGAGGUAGAGGAAGUGUGACCAGAGAGGGUGAUAAACUGCUGCCUAUUGGUCAGAGGCUGUUGGGGGGCAGAAAAAUGGUUGCACAUGUGGCCAAUGGCAUUGCGCAGGCACUUGGGGCAGCAGUUGUUGCCCUUCAAACAGCCCCAUCUCCACCAAGACUGAUGGUGCUGCAGGGCCGCAAGACCUGGCUGACUGCAGAUGAUAAAGCAGUUAGAGACGGGUGGAUCUACUUCAGCUCCAGUCUUUACUACGUCUCUACUGAGAGGAAGAGCUGGAGUGAGAGCAGAAACGACUGCAGAAAGAGAGGAUCAGACCUGGUGAUCAUCAACAGCAGAGAAGAACAGGUCUUCAUUAACACAUUGAGAAAAGGUCAGUGGGUUUGGAUUGGUCUGAGUGACGCUGAAACAGAGGGGGUCUGGAAAUGGGUGGACGGAUCAGAACUGAUCACUGGGUUCUGGGACCCUGGACAACCUAACAAUUACAGAGAUGAUGACUGUGGUUUAUACGGCUUUGGGUCUGAUCCUGUGAAUAACUGGGCUGAUUAUGCCUGUAAUAGCCAGUUCUUUUGGAUCUGUGAAAAGAGAAUAUAAAGAGUAGAUAUUGUGGGAGAAGUGUGUAAUAUUCCC